AUGAAUUUGUACUGUAUCUUUCUGGAAAACUUCAACAGAGGAGUGAAACUAGUCUCACCUGUACUAGAGUUUGACUAUCUCAUCUGUGGAGACUGUGGCAAAGAAUUCAUGGAUUCCUACCUUAUGCAGCACUUUGAUUGGGCAACAUGUGAUAAUUGCAGAGAUGCUGAAGAUAAACAUAAGCUUAUAACAAGGACAGAAGCAAAAGAAGAGUAUCUUCUUAAAGACUGUGACUUAGACAAGCGGGAGCCAGUGCUCAGAUUCAUUGUGAAGAAAAACCCUCAUAAUUCACGAUGGGGUGACAUGAAACUUUAUUUAAAACUACAGGUAAUCAAGCGUUCUCUUGAAGUCUGGGGUAGUGAAGAAUCAUUGCAGGAAGCAAAAGAACUCCGCCGUGACAGCAGAGAGAAGAUGAAACAGAAGAAGUUUGAUAAGAAAGUUAAAGAACUCCGCCGUGCUGUGAGGAGUAGCUUGUGGAAGAAACAAGCUAGUAUCCAUGAACAUGAGUAUGGACCAGAAGAAAACAUUGAUGAAGACACAUAUAAGAAGACUUGUACUGUAUGUGGCCAUGAAUUAACUUAUGAGAAGAUGUAGCAUUGAUCUGUGGUU